CAGUAUGGCCAAAUUCAUAUCAUUAUAAGACAAAUGGUGAUCGGAAAAUAUGGUCAUGAUAUGUGGGACACAAUUUUGAAAAAAUCCGGAUUAGAUGACAGUAAACAUUUCCUGGUAUUUUCACAAUACGAUGAUAGUUUAACGUAUAAAGUUGUUGGAGCUGCCUCUGAAUGUUUAGAUCUGCCAGUGAAUACAGUUUUAGAAGUAUUUGGUGAUUAUUUCAUUAUGCAUGUAUUGAGACAUGGUUAUGAUACAAUGUUACGGACAUUGGGCAACAACAUGUGGAAUUUUAUACAAAAUUUAGAUAGCCUUCAUUCCUUAUUAGCUUUGAGUUAUAAAGAAAUCAGACCACCGUCUUUUAGAUGUGAAUCAGGUGAAGAUGGAGAUUUGUUAUUACAUUAUUAUUCAGUACGUUCAGGACUUGCUCCUUUAGUCUUAGGAACUAUCCGUGCUGUGGGAAGAGACAUAUUUAAACAACGAGUUGAGAUUACAGCCUUGGGAACAUCAUCCGAAGAAAUAGCGGGAAAAACUCAAGAACAUACCACAUUUAAGGUAUUUAAAAAACCUUUUAAAGCGUGUCGCAAAUAUAUGAUGCAGGUAAAGUUGUUGCCAUUCGCUCAUAUGACGUCACAGUGUCAGUUUACAAUAUUUCAGGUGAAAUUGUUCGACGACGAACCAGAAAAUAUCAUAGAUGCACUAGAAGGGGCAGAGACCAAUACGACAAUCGAAAAAAGUGCGUUUGAGAUGUGUCCAUUUCAACAACACAUGCCUUACUACCUUUCCCCGCAUGAAAUCUGUAAAACCUUCCCUUAUCAUAUCAUCUUCGACAAAGAAAUGAUGAUCAAACAAUGUGGUUAUCAAGUGAAGAAAAUGUUACCGGCUUUCCAGACACCGCCGAUUUGUAUGUCUGACAAUUUUGAAGUUGUACAUCCACGAAUGGCUUUGACUAUAGAAAACAUCAGUAAAUUUAUAAAUUCCAUAUUUUUUAUUUCCGUGAAACAUACAGAUGAUGAAACAAAGAAAAAUGGCGUGUGCUUGAAAGGUCAAAUGAGCUGGUUAGAGGAUUCGGGUCAUAUGAUAUUUGUCGGAUCAUUACGUCUAUCAAGUUUUAAUGAGUUAGCAGAGAAGAAAGUGUUUAUGUCAGAUAUACCAUUAUAUGACGUCACAAGAGAACUUGUCUUGCUUCACGAACAAAGAUCUGCUGAGAUUGAUUAUGCCCAGAAACUGGAUGAAACAACAGCAGAGUUAAAAGUGACAUCUAAAGCAUUAGAAAGCGAGAAGAAGAAAACAGAAAUGUUGUUGUAUCAGAUGUUACCGCAGAAAGUUGCUCAUCAACUCAAGAAUGGUAAACAGGUUGAGGCAGAAAAGUUUGAGGAAGUAACGAUCCUAUUUAGUGAUAUAGUCACAUUUACUACAAUAUCUGCUGCCUGUACACCAUUACAAAUAGUUAACAUGCUGAAUGACUUAUAUCAAAGAUUUGACCAGAAAACAGACCAACAUGGUGUUUAUAAGGUUGAAACCAUUGGUGAUGCAUAUAUGAUAGUCUGUGGUGUACCAGAGAAAACCAAACAUCACUCAAUACCUGUAGCUAGGUUUGCUAUUGAUAUGGUACUAGAAGCUAAUCAAGUUACUUCACCACAUACUGGUCAACCUAUACAGAUACGUGUCGGAGUUCAUACUGGUCCAGUUGUAGCUGGAGUAGUGGGGGUGAAGAUGCCAAGGUAUUGUUUAUUUGGUGAUACAGUGAACACAGCGUCUAGAAUGGAAAGUCAUGGUCUACCAGGCCGAAUUCAUAUCAGUCCAACUACAUAUCAGUCGCUGGGUGAUUCUGGUUUUCUUUACAAACAAAGGGGAGAUAUAACUGUCAAAGGAAAGGGGUGUAUGGCUACCUAUUUCUUGGUUGGAAGUGACACAACCUUGAUAGAAGAACCGAAUGAUGCCUUCUCACAACAUUCUGUGUUAAAUCAGAAUAUAGACUUGAAAGUUUGCAACUCUUCCAAAAAUAAAAUAGAUUCUAAAACCAGAAGUAGAGCCUGUGAAAUUUUAUGA